AUGGUGCUCAUUACGGAGGCACUGCUGCGCCAGCGGGCUCUCCCCGCCGGCGACGAGGGCUUCUCGGAGGUCCGGGAGAUCGCCCUGCACGGGCUCGGCAUAGAACGCAUCAACUUGCUGGGGCAUCGAUGCCGAGAGCUACGCGUCCUCAUGCUCCAGAACAACGUCAUACCUCGCAUCGAAAACCUCCAUCGCCUCAAGGUGCUAGAGUACGUCAAUCUGGCCAUCAAUAACAUCACCAUGAUCGAGGGGCUGCACCGCUGCGAGUCAUUGCAGAGGGUGGAUCUCACUCUCAACUUCAUCCCUGCCAGUGCCCUCCCAGGCCUCAGCAACCUCAGGCACCUCCCAGACCUGCGGCACCUGAGCCUGCUGGGGAACCCAUGCACGCGGUGGCCAGAUUGGAGGCCGUAUGUGAUAAGUAAACUGCCGCAGCUCACUCACCUGGACGGGGUAGAGGUGACGGAGGACGAGCGAGACGGGGCUGCCUGUACUGCCAAGGAUCUGGAAGCAGCGCUGGACCUCUGGGUGCUGCAAGUUGAGGGCCAGGCAGGGACCGUACAGGAGGACGCUGAAGACACCCAGGAACACGAUCGGCUGCCGUGGAGCCCAGAGCAGAGGUUACGAGACUUCAGGGAAAGAGAACACCUCCAGGAGGAGCUCAGGGAACGGCGUGCAACAAGCAGCGCUGCAUCUCCCUUCCGACAGCGUCGCUGUGCCCUGCCCCAGGAGCCCCGAACGCUGCCCAUUCUCUCCCGGGACGGGUCGGUGCUCCAGAAAAACGAAGGCAAGGGGUGCGGUGGCGGCUGGCGAUUCAGCAUGGAUGACUCGGACCCACAUGUGCUAGCGCUGGAGGUGCACAUCGGCAAACACCUGGCCACCACCGAGAUAGAGACGGAGGUCCUGCCGCGUGCGGUCCAGCUCCUCAUCUCAGGACGCCUGCUGAGCCUGCACCUUCCCGACGAGGUCUGCCCCGACGCCUGCAGGGCUGCACGGAGCAGGGCCACGGGAAUUCUGGUCCUCACCCUUCCCCGGGAGGGCAAUGGCAGGGUGGCGGCAUCGAAGCAAGCAGGGAUAUCAUCAGGGCGCGGAAAGUCCGCGGGAAACAAUGCGGCGGUUGUUGGCGCCGCGCAGGCCACGCCCGCCAUGACUGCUGCCGUGGUGGCCUGCGGAGACGGAUUCCCACCCCUGUAG